AUGGUAAAAGUAACGGAGUUUAAGGUUGGCAUGACAUGUGAUGGCUGUUCCAGCGCCUGCACGCGCAUUUUAACCAAGAUUGAAGGUGUCACGGACGUCAAAUGCGACGUAGACAAGCAGCAGAUUCUUGUCGAAGGGUUCUCAAAGUGGAUUGCUGUAGGCGCUGCUGGAGCUAGUGCGACAUUUGUGUGGACGUUUAGAAGUGAUUUGUUGGUGUCGUAUUUACAUCGUUUGCAGACGCGACUAAAUCUGCAGCAGAGAAGCGGCAUCAGAAGCAUGAUGUGGCUAAAAUUAGCGCUAUCUUACACAGUUGUGGGGUCCAUUAUCUCGGAGACAGGAAUGAAGCUACAUGGCUACGUGUUUAAGAAGAAGAACGAGGAAAAAAAAUUGCAGCCGACGUGGGCAGUGGACCAACUGACUGUCAAUUACUUGCUGAGAAUACUGCUCGGUGCGGCACUCAUUAUUGCAAGUAAACUGAUGCUUCUGUGCAUACCGACGCGUCAAGUUGGUCUCGCACUCCAAGGGCGAGUUAUCAGAGCUAGAAAAUACUGGGAACUGCAUCCAAUGCAUUCACUACUUAAGGCCACAGGGACGUUUAGUGUUACAGUUUUUUGCUAUUGCAUGUCAAAAGAUAUGCUGCUGUCAUUGCAGCUUGGAACAUUUUGUGGCAUCCUACUUCUCCUCCGUAGUAAGUUGUCGGCUUUGGCGAUCCGGCGACACUUUGUCAGUCCGCCAAGCCUUCAGAAGUUCACGAAAAUGCUUGCUGAACUUCACUGGGUGAAGCUUGUUACAGUGGUUGUGAUGGUGCUGUGCUUUUCCUUCCAAGUGUAUGCUGCGAUUGUGCAUGCUGCAAAUGCGCCAUCGAAUUCGUCGGUGUUUAUGCUAUCCUUUCUUGUCAUGGCUGCUGUCGCACAUUCUAUUCUUGCACUUUUUGGCAGAAAGCUAUCUUGGAUGGAGCUAGUUCGAUGUGGAAGACAGUUUGCAGCCAAGAUUUGCGUUAGUUUGAUCGCACUUAUCGCACCUCAGGUUUCUCACGGACUACCCGGAGUUGUGUUUUCUUGCUUGCUAUCGGCUUUUUGCAUUGCUUUUUCGAGGGAAUGCUGGGAUGAUAUUGAAGUGAAUGAAGAAGGCCACUUACAAGUGGUCACAGAUGCUGACCGCUCGCCAGAAGCGGCUAACAUUUGGUUAACCGUGACAAUGGAUGCGGACUCUCCUAGUAGCGAUCCACCGCCAUGGUAUGUUCAGGGUUUGAGCGUCGUAAAAGAUCGAUAUCCUCACUUUCACAAGCGGGUAAAAUGGGCAUUUAUGGGCGUCAUGGUGGUGUCGAUUUGUGAUGUGUGCUCGACAGGUAUUGCGAUGAUCAACUGCAGCAAGGCAGUGCUCUCACUUUCGCAGUAUUCUGCAAUCAACGUCGUCGUUUCGGCAUCAGUGGGAUACCUGACAAGCCCAUCUCCGUAUGAGCUACAUCCUGCUGUGUUGCUUCACACAGGUUUGAAACAGUUUAAAAACAAGUGGAUUAUUUUACCGCUUCAAAUGUUUGUCGAGACGCUGGUUUUCAUUGCAGUUUUUGUUGGCACCUUUGCUGCUUCAUCCACAGUAUUCAGCUCAUUCACUCUCGCUGCACUUUCGGGUGUUGUGGUGUCCGUUGGCGGCCACUCGGCAUGCUCGCGGCUCCACCUUACUGUUGGUAACUGCAUGCACAUGCAGCAAACAGCAACAUGUGCGCUGCUCUUUUAUUCGUUCUUCAUAAUCUAUGCGUCGAUGGUGUCACUAUUGUGUAUUUAUCACUACUUUAACAGUAUUGAGGCGGCAUUCUGUCUUGCAUCACUUGCAGGAAUUUUCUUUUUGGCGGCAAGCGAGCUGCUAUUAAUGUGGGAACCAACGCGCGAGGUGGGGUUGCUGCUUCAACGUCGGGUCACGCACGCAAAAGAGAACUGGCAGUUGGAGCCGCUGCGCUCUUUUGUAGAGGUUUUCACUUGGUUUGCAGUUAUAUGUGGGUCAUUCGCAAUGUAUGAUGAUCUUUUGUUGGCACUUCAGCUGGGUACGUUCUCAGGAAUUGCAGUCACGCUUUCAGGAGAGUUGUUCCGAAAGAAACGAUCAAAACUAAUUCCAUGGGGCCAAAGCCUGCUCGCUGACGGCGACGCGAUCACUGCACCUAUAUCGCUGCUUGAAGCACCUUGCUGCAACUUGAAUGAACCGGAUUGCGCUCGACCACUUCCAGCGAUGUUAUUGUUUGCAUAUAUUGGCUCGGGCACAUUUCAGUGGAUCUUUGAGAAUAUGCGUAGUCUUGAGGUCACAGUCCUGCUUGCCACCAUCGCCGGUAUUGCUUUCUUAUGCUUUGCUGAUAUGCUUGUGCUAUUCAAGCCGACUCGUUGGGCGGGAGUGAUCUUGCAAGACCGUUUCAUUAACGUAAAACACAAUUGGUAUGUGUACCCCGUGCGGUCGUUUGUCGAGUUUGGCUGCUUUAUGGGUGUUAUCUACGGUAGUUACGCGAUCUACCACGACUUGGUCGUUGCAGUCCAAGUGGGUACUUUAUCUGGCAUGUUGGUGACUCUCGGUGGGGAGCAAGUGCGUAGUUGUGCACGGGCUUUGCCGAUGAAUGAAUCCAAGAAGAUAGAAGUAGAAAAAACACAGAUUCUCCCGCUUCCUGUAAUGAGCCUGCUAGGCCUUGUUGGGGCCGUAGCAUUCAAUAUUAUUUAUACGCACCUUCACAGCAUUGAGGUAGCAUUCGUCCUUGCCACAACAAGUGGAAUCAUUUUUGCUCUGGUUGGCGAUAUGUUCGUGAUCUGGAAGCCUACACGCAAGGUUGGAAUGAUUCUUCAGGAACGUUUAUUGUAUUUGAAGCCGAACUUUUCCAGUCAUGCGUGGCGUUCAUUGAUAGAGGUGGUCUCACUGUGUGGUGGCUGGUAUAUUUCCUAUGUUUUUCUGUGGCCGGGUGAUCUUCUUAUCGCCAUUCAGUUUGGGACCACGAUUGGAAUAGUUAUGUGCGUUUGUGGAGAACUUGCGAUGGAGUUUGUCGCUGAAGCCGAACGUUGUUUGAUAGCAAAAGAUGCCUCAGCACGAUUAGUGCACAACUCACAAAAAGACAGCAUUUUUCUUAGUCUACCGUACGAAAUUCAGUUUGAGGUGGCAUAUUUCUUGACCGCGGAGGAUCUUUUGGUUGCUCGAGCUACGUGCCACAAGAUUAACAACAUGCUGAAAGCUGAAUCUGCUCGUUUUUGGUUGCACGCAAGCCUACGACGAACAUUUCGAGACCGCUCUGUUUGGCGAGGAUGCUCUCGAGCUCCUAGCAUUAGCCAUCGGAUGGGAAACCGUGCCCGAUCUCUGGUGUAUGAGGCCGUCACACUUAUGCUGCCAAAAAUCGUUGGAGCCAGGGAUCCAGCUCAAGUGCUAACGUCCAGCAACGAAGUGAGUCGUGCAUUGAAGUGGGUGUAUUUGAACGCCGAGUGGAUCCGGAAUCAGAAUCUUCCACCUUUAAUGGAAGAAGGCGAGACCAAAGACGUCACACUCAUCUCGUUAGCUGCUGGAGACAUUGCUUUUAAUGUAUUCCGUCACAUGCCUGAUAAGAGCUCUUUGGGGAUCAUUGUAUCACGCGACGAAAAUUUUGCCAUUGAACGCGUUGAAGUGCCUAAGGGAAUUUAUGAUACGAUUCAACGGGAUCCUUUAAGCUUCGUGGCUGCAGAGACCCUCUCUACGUUAGAGGUGUUUUCAAAUUGGCACCAUACGGUCGUAGCUUUCGCUACGAUGACACUCAUUUUCAUCGGACAAUUUUCUAGCGACCUGCUUUGCGCAUACGUGUUACAUAGUGGGGAGUAA